CCUGCUUUCUACUUAGUCCUGGAUUAGCAGUACCCCUGCAGAACCAUGAAAUUAAAUGUCAAGCUCUCUUCAAUCACUUUACCUUGUUAAAACGGUCUAUUUCCUCAUUACUGAUGAAGAUGCGAGAGCGAGAUAAUAUCCCAGGAUUUUAUCAUGGAUCAACAAAAGCCUGUUCAUCAGGGUGGGAGCAAGUGAAGAAAUCAAAAAAGAUGAAUCUGGACAUUUUACCAUACGCAAUUACGAAGACUGAGAACUUUAUGCACUAUUUGCUACAAGAAGAACUAAUGAAAUUAAGUCGAGGAGAAGUAAUAAGAGAAUUUUCUAUGUUUAUAUCAAAGUAUAUUCUUACAUCUAUUGCAAAUGUUAAGCAUUUACUCGAGGAAUAUUUAGGCAAAGAAAUAAGCAAUAGUCCCAGGAGUUAUAAAUCAUAUGUGCCCUAUAUUAGGGGAAACGAAGAGUGUACUUUACAUGACCUAUAUACAUUCGAAAAAGAGAUAUGGACAAUUCAAAUUUGGUUAAGACAAUGUUAAACCUAAACUCU